AUGGCUCUCAGGACCUGUCUCAAGUCUUACAGCCCAGAUGGCAUUCUCGAGGGGUUCGGCCUCAAGGCGUUGUUGGCAUUUUUUUCGGCAAAGGCAGUGCGCGGUGGGCCUCGACUUCUGCCGCAGCUCGCCAUCUGCGUAGUUGUUCUGUUCGUCCUCACGCGGCUCAUGCCGACACAUUUAUCGGACGUGGCCUUCGGUACGAACUACACGACCAUUCUGAAAUGGAAGCCGAAGGGGGGCGACGAUGGAAGUGUCGGUGGUGGCUUGAGGAUAGUCGUUUUCGGGGGCGGUGAUAUUGCAACGCCGAAUAAGACACCGGAAAAGGCUGUCGGUCAUGAUGUUUCCUGGACCGAGGUCUUGUGUCAACACCUCGACUGCACCACUCAUCUCUCAUAUAUGCCCCGAACCGAUAUCCAUGGCGGCUCGCUAGUUUCGAACUCGUUAUAUGAAGCUAUCCUCGAGCGUAUGGCCAACGAAACCGAAGCGAGCGAACAACCCGGGCUUGACUACACUUGGUUGCCCCGAGAGUACCCCGUCCCAACAGAACUGCCAGAUUUGCAACAGCAACUGGACGCGUUCUUUGCUACACCACCUCCCAUGCGCCCAGCCCAGGAGACGCUCUGGGUCUUCAACUUCGGCUAUUGGGAUAUCUGGAGGCUUGCUUGUCUCCCGCCUCAGCUGGCCAUGGAUGCAAUUGAGGUUCAAGCGCGUCACAUUUUCGCCCAAAUUGAGGUGCUUUACCAAGAGUCCCGAUCAGAAAAGUCCAUUGCCUACUCCGAUUUUUACACUUUCCUGAACAGCACUACCAAAACGACAAGUAGCAAGAGUGACGACGUGAUUGCCGACGUACCGAUCGAACCAUUCCGAGUCUUCAUUCCCCGCCUGUUCGACAUUACUCUGACACCCGGGUUUGACAAGGCUCGCUUCGUCCUACCGUAUCCCCACUCCAGGGCCGUGGAGUUGCGCAACGCUGUGCACCUGACCGAGGAAUGGAAUUUGAAAAUUGACAAGAUGUUUGACGAAUGGCUCGCCAUGCCCGACCCAGAAGUCGCCACAACGGACGACACCCUCGGUAAGCGUGAGGGUGAAGCCCCUAUCAAUGUCCCGUACGCGCGGCGCGAGGCCAUCAGCACCUACGAUGUGUCCGACUAUAUGCGCAAUGCCAUCAUCGAACGGCAGAUGCAGAAUGCCCACGUUGAAGACAAGACUGGUCGGGGUACCAGGCCAGCGGAAGAAGGUUUUCUCGAGGUCCAGCAGCCAUGCUUGCAACUUGUUCAUGACAACGUGACGGAUGUCACGAAAACAGUUGUGUGUGAUGCACCCCAGGAGUACCUUUUCUGGACCGAGUUCACCGUUAGCCAGCGGGCGAUUGACGCGAUGGGCAAGCAAGCGGCUGCGGUGUUCACCAAGCAUGCGCAGACUGGUUCGCAGUGGCUUAAGAAGUCGACAGAUCUGUUCCCUGGUAUUUUCAAUAGCAAGCGAGCUGUGGGGUUCAACGGCUGA